GGGCGGAACCAGCCAGGUCGGUCCUGCUCCACCGCAGCGAGUGAGCCGAUCAGCAGCGGCUCUCGCGCCCCUGACCUUCCCCUCGUAGGGCCCGCAAGCUUCUGGACGGCUUAAGGGGCUUUAAAGCCCAACGGCUCGGCAGUUAAGCCCCUAUCGAAUGACUUAUCGUGUUCCUUCACCUUGGUGCGGGAGCGCGCGCGACGCGGGCGAGAUUUCGCGCGGAGGUUCGAAAACGAGGCGCCAUGAGCAGCACACCCAUCGCUCGCACAGCACCCCAUCAUCUGCUCCCCCUCCACUCUUUCGGGGGCUGCUGCGGAAAAUCGAUAGUGACCUUGGACCAGUGCCUGAGAUGUGCCCCUGACCGCCAAGCAGCUCCAUAGUCUCGUGGCCGUCGUCUCUGCUGCUUCACGACAUCGCGUGUGUCGUCUGCAGUGCACGAUGCUCGACGGCCAGGUCAACGAGACGGAGGAGGCCGGCAAGACGGUAGACGACGCAGUGGCUAUCACACCCAGUACGAAGACUGUCACCACCAACGGCGAUGGAGCUCCAGUUCAAGACGGCGGUUCUUGCGGUGGGUCCUCGUCGACCUCUGUCGAAGACCUCAGCGAAGACGUCGCGAAUGGGGGCUCUCCAGUGGGUGGCCCCGACGAACCUUGUGGUGCGGUGACUGGGGGUGGCACAGCACCCGGCGAGGAGCAGAAGAAAGGAGAUGGCGACGACGAUGAUGAGGAGGAGGACGACGACGACGACGCCUACGAGGACGCGGAGUUCGCACCGCCGCCCUUAGCUCGCGGCCGGAGCAGCAGUUCGGUGGGGGCGUGGCUGACGGAUGACGACGAGGAGAGCCUGAUCGUGGACAUCCUCCACAAGAGCACGGACCAAGCGGAGGCGCGGCUCGCGGCCCGCAGGCAGGCCAGGGCCGAGGCGCGGGAGAUCCGGAUGCGGGAGCUGGAGCGGCAGCAGAAGGAGGCGGAAGAGAAUGCCGACAGGCUGUACGACAUGCACCCUGAAACCGCUCUCCGGACUCCCCCCGUGCGGUCCGUCAGCCAGUCGCGGACCCCCGUCAUCAUCAACAACAGCGGCGGGAGCGGUGGCAGCGGCGGCAGCAACCACCAGUGGAGCAGGCGCUCCAGCGAGGACUCGCUGGAGGAUGGCGGUGGCUCGGGGCCCGGCUCUGCGGAGAAGGAUGGCCGAUCGGUGCGCGAUCUCCGGCACGAGCUCAAGGAGGUGGAGGACAAGUUCCGCAAGGCCAUGAUCCAGAACGCGCAGCUGGACAAUGAGAAGGCUAGCUACACGUAUCAGGUGGAGCUGCUCAAGGAUAAGGUGGAAGACUUGGAGGUGGCAUAUGCCCAGCUGCAGAGGGAAAAUAGGGAAAAAUGUCGAGAGGCUGAUCAGCUCAAACGUCUCUCUCAGCGCCUUAAAGAAGAUCUGGAUAUGUGUCGAGCAGCUUUAGAAGAACGGGAUAGACUUAUUCAGGAACAAGGUUUGGUUAUUGUUGGAGAUGAAGGGGACCUAGAUGGCUGUGAAGAUGGAGAAAAGCGAGCUCCUAGAAAAGCUCUUGUUUCAGUUGAAUCAGCAGAAAUGUUACAGAAGGCAGGGGAAGGUUCAUUAGAUGUACGACUGCGAAAGUUGGCUGAAGAACACAACGAACUCCUGGAUCAGAUUCGACAUCUGAAACUUGAAUUAGAGGAGGAGCGCAGUAGACAUCGAAAUGGGCCUCGUACUCUCAAUGGUCCUGCUGACUCUGAUAUGGAGGACCUUCAAAGAGAAGCUCAAAAAUUGCUAGGUGAUUAUAAAUUCAAACUGCAAAAGGCAGAACAAGAUGUUUCAACAUUGCAGGCCAAUGUUGCAAGACUGGAAAGCCAAGUUAUUCGUUACAAAUCGGCAGCUGAAACAGCAGAAAAGGUAGAGGAUGAAUUAAAAGUGGAAAAGAGGAAACUUCAACGAGAGGCUGUAAAUGGUUUUGAAGAAUUGAGUAGUCCGAGCGAGUCUGAAAGUCAUUUUGAUGAGGCCAAUGGGUAUGACGAACCUGAGGGCAACCAACUUGACAACUAUGAGGAAACAAAUGAAGGGGAAGAUCAGGAUGAUUUCUGGGCAGCACUUACUGCUGAAACUAAAGAAAAAUUUAGUAGGCCCCAAGAACAAACUGACUCUAAAAUUUUAAUUGAUGAUGAAUUUAAAGAAACCUGCCUUAAUCAAUCUAACAGCGGUACAAGCAAUUUUGAGGACUUUACAAUUGUCGAUAAUGAAGAACCAGAAGAUGAAGAGUCAUUCGAGGCCAUUUCAGCGAUAGCAUAUUUGCUUGAUGAGAAUAACACUGACCCUCAGUCAGUUGUUGAAGGAGGAAGAUUUGAAGAUUAUGAUAGUAAUGGUUCUGUUACUUCCGAAAAUGAAGAAAUAGAUUUCUGGGCUAAAUUGAAGGAUGAUGAUGUAUCUCACCAUUUGGAGCCAGAUGCAGAUGGUUCAGCAGAAAUUCAUCAUAGCAACGUAAUAAAUGACUGUUCAGAUUUUGAUCAAACCAAAUCACUAAUUAAACAAGAAGAUGAAACAAUGAAGCAUUUACAAUCUGAUGAGGACUUUUGGGCAAAGCUCACUGAAGAGCCUGAAGAGCCUGAAGAGCCUGAAGAACCUGAGGAACCUGAAGAACCUGAAGAACCUGAAGAACCGGCGGCCAAGGAAUUUAUUGAUGAUGCAUGGUCCUUGUUACCUUAUUCAGAUAAAAUGUCUAAUUCUCAUUUUUCUUGUGAGAAUGACAGAAUGACAGGCAUGGCAACAGUAGGGAAAACAAAGGAUAUUGGAGACUUUGAUGUUCUUGAUUACUUGGAGGGUGUGAUGAUCUGGAAAACAAAUGAGGAGAUAAUGGCAAAGUCAAAUGAUAACCAAAGUGCCCCUGAUAUUGGACUUGAUGAUUUGGAUUAUAUGGAUGGGAUUAUGAUUUGGGAAGAAAGCAAGGAGGUGUUGAUAAAUCAUGAUUUAAAAACAUUGCCCAGUGGAGGAAUUGAUAUAUUUGAAGGUAAUUCAUCUGAUGUUCGUGAGCUAGUGAGACUUAACAUGGAAAGCAAAGAACUUGCAGAUAGUCCGAUGUCCUCACUGGAAGAAAAUUUAGAAGGAAAUGUCAGGAAUUCUAUUUCUCCUACUUUGAAAGCAACCGGUACUGUUACAGAGGAGUUCGGGUUCCCCAAAGAAGACAAGCAACUCAUUGAGCAAAACUCGAUGAAAAACAUUUCUACCACUCGGUUUCCCAAACACUCCAUGAUUCCAAAACCUAAGAAGCAGGCUCAUCGUCAUCAUUUGGGUGUGGCAGAUUCAACGCCAGACAUCAAUAUGGAUGUGACGGAUGUGGACUGUAAAGGGAGUAAUAAACAAAAACGAAGAGAGCAGACCCGUGACCGUGAUCGUCGUAGUCGCAAAAGUGGACGAGGCUCCGGGAAUCGCUGGCGCACGCAGAGGAACUAGAAACAGCAAAUUCACACCUUCAGAGAAGACUGGACAAACUAAAAAAUGCAAAGUCUGCCCUAUUCAAGGAUCUCUGAUGUCCAUUUAACCAUGGUGGGAUGCUCCUCCUACCAUGGAUAUGUUAAAAAAAAAGACUAGUAUGUAUUAUGUGUUGGGGAGCUACCUACUCUGAACUAGUACUGUCACUUUUUUUGCGUGUGGGUACAUUUAAAUUGUGUACCUACAGAAACAUUUCAAGGCACUGUCAAAUUCUUUGUGUGUAAUUUUAUUUUAAUGGUGUAUCCUCUAUUAUCAAUUUAAGAUCUAUAACUAUCACUUCAAAUUUCAUCAUGCACAUUAAAAGGUGUAAUGUAGCUCAGUGAUGAAUUUGUAGGUUUUAAUAUUUUGGUCGAGUUAGCUCCAACUUCAUUCAAUUAUAUCCCUGAACCUUGUGUUAUAAUUUUAUUACUGUUUUGUUUUGUUUGAUUUUGAUCAUUUAAAAAAAAAAAGCAACUUUGAUCUUACAGAUUAAAUUGCAUUAGUUUGUGGAAAAUAUUGUAGAGUCUAGUAGGUUUCACUCGUAAAGUCAUGAUUUUUUUUUAUCCUGAAUUGGUUCUGUAGUAUCUUUUAUUUAUCUAUGUGUGCUUGUAUUUGUUUUUAGAGGUUUGAUACUGCCCCCCUCCCUGUUUUUCUUUAGAACCUCCACACGUUGUGUAUUCAACUUGUUGACCUAUUUCUACCUACUUAAAGACUUAAGAUGCAAGUAUGAAUCAGACUGUGUUAUAAAGCCUACACCCCUUCUCUAUAAAAGAAGUGUGAUAGAAAUGAACAGGACAUGGCAUGUGCCUCAGUUUUGUACAUAUCAGUUAUGUUUGUGCCAUUAAACCAACAACCAAUAGACUUGGCUUUUCACUUGGUGCUAAAUUUAAAUUGUAGCAUCUUCUUUUUAUAGAUGUCAACAUAUUCUGAUUGUUACAUCUGAUUUUAUUGUAUGGCUUUUUGUAUAACCACUCUCUUUCCUAUUCCAUUGUUUUAUAUGAAGUUCUUUCAGCGUAUUGUUAUUGGAUGCCUUAAUUGACCAGAAGGAAGAAGGUGAGGGGGUAAUGCUCAGUUACUGCAGAUCAUAAAAAUCUGUAUUCAUAUUUUAUUUUAACUUCUGGAUUUACAAUUUUGCUUUUCCUUAAUUCACAGUAAAAGUUUUCAACUUUAUAAGUAGUAAUCAAUUUUGGAUUUCUUAAUCUUUAAAUUUUUUGGUGGAGCCAACCCCACAAUUGUGUCGAUUGUUUAUUAACUACUAGUAGUAUUUGCUUUGAUGGAAGUCCUAUAGAUAAGAUGUUAUUUAAGACAAUUGUUUUUGUUAUGUUUGUAUGUAUUAUGUAGAAAGAGACGUUGCAAAUAGACCCUUUGUAAUUAUUACUGUUUAGUCAUGGACAAUUUUUUCUGCAAUUACAUCACAGUCUGUUAAUGUUUGCAAUUUUUUAAUAUCUAUUAUUUCUCUUGUGCUCUUUUUGUCCCAAAAACAUAGCAAGGGCUAGUUAAUGCAAAAUUCUGAUAAUCUUCUGUGUAAACAAGAUGCACAACACAGGGUUGAAAGUCCUGUCAUACCUGUGUACUGUAGUCUUACCACUGAUAACUGCAAAUCUACCUGUAAUGUUUGCAUUGAAACAUGACCAUGCAUUCUAUUUAUUUGGUUGACUAAGUUUCUUGGUUGCCCUCUUUUUUGUAUUUUUGUACGUAAGAAGCUGUAAUUUAAGGUUGUUUAUAAUAAAUCGGUACAGUGAUGUAAUAAAACCUGUAUUAUUUUCUUUUUAUACUCUAUUGUACAGUAGGAGCUCAAGUAUUCUAUGAAAAAAGUUUUUAGUCUUAAUAUGAUUUUUGAGGUAUGCUGUCAUUCUUUCUUUCUUGUACCGGGAGUGCAGUUGUCCUUUUGUCAGGGAGAGUGUUUCUUGGUGGGUAAUCUCUCAAUCUGGUAAAUUUUUUCUAAAAUGUUUUUCUUUUUUUGGUACUUUUAAUUUGUAGAUACAUCAUAGAUGGGCUGUGAGAUUCCCCACCAGUUACUCAUUAAAGGGCAAUUGUGUAUUGGGCAAUUGACAAUUAUAACAAGGGUAUUGACUGUUAACAGUUUCCUUUAUUAACAUGAUUUGUAUCAAAUUGUAUGGAAAAUGUAUUAUAAUUUUUCAGAGGUACCAAUCAGUUGAGUAACUCUGAUGCCACCGUAACUAUUUUCUCCUACUUAAAAAAUAUAAUUGGUGCUGCAGUGUUAACUUAUUGAUGUGUGAAUGGUAUUAAUUUUUUCUUCUGUGGAUUGUUGUAAGAACAUUGAAAAUCAUUCAAAUACACUAUUAAAACCAA